CUCCCACAGCUUUCUUUUUGUUCUCUCCCUUGGUGAAUUUUUGAUUCGCAACUAGCAUAAAGUGAGUCCCUCACGGAAAAAGAGAAAGAUAUCCACAAUGUCUUCUGGUAAGCCCGAUGAGCCACACGAGCUGGCAAAUGAGUCCGAGGACGACGGUCUUGCCAGAUUGUCGCAGCAGUACCAGCGCAGUCGCUCCGUCAGUGCGUACGAUGUUCUUGACACAGAAGUACAACAGGAGGAAUCUGAUAGCGACGAUCCAAUGAACGAGCGACUUGAGGGGGGCGAGGAAGGAGAUAGCGAGAUUUUACAGAGAUUGGCCGGGUUUCUCGGCCGUGGCCCGAACGGACCCAGCGGCGAGGGUCUUGCGGCGCUCCUUGGGGCCAACGGCGAGGGUCUUGCAGGGUUCUUUGGUUUCGAGGCACGCGGCGAAGUGCGCGGCAGUGCACUCAACCUGUUGAUUGACGGCAUUGCGCGCCGCGACGACUCCUAUCUCAUCCUUGAAACGCUCAACGAGUUGAGCGAGAAGUUGCUCAUGAUGAACAACUUGGUGGCCGAGCGCACCAUCCCCGCGAACCGUUUAACUAAGAAUAUUGUCGACGUGUUGACCGACCCGCUCCUCAUGGAGGAGCUUGAGCUCCAGUUGGUUGCGUGUCGUUGUCUCCAAAACUUGCUUGACUUGAGCACUGACUAUGUCCCCGCGGUCGUGGCUAACAGCGGCAUUGAAGCGCUCCAGGCGAAGCUCUUGGAGAUCAGCUACAUCGACCUUGCGGAGCAGGCGUUGCAGACGCUUGAGGUCAUCAGCCGUGUCGACGGGCGUGCGGUGAUGCGGCGCACCGGCUUGGGCGCAUGCUUCCAAUACUUGGACUUUUUCACGAUCCAUGCGCAGCGCCGUGUGUUGACGUUGGCCGCCAACGCAACUGUGCGGGUGGGCGUGCGCGACUACUCCAAGGUACAAGAGGUAUUUCCCGCGAUCGCGCGCGUCGCCGCAGAAUACGAAGAUGUUCCCGCGGCUGAGAAGGCCUGGCUCGCGAUUUCCAACAUUGUGCACGCAUACCAAGGCCACCCCGAUCACUUAGAGCUGCUCUUUGCCGACCCGCGGUUGUUGGCCAAAAUGUGCUCCGUGGUUGCGGCCAUGUCACCGAAGAAGAGGAGCGCGCAGAUCAGCUACACGGUUUCACUCAAACUUUUGCAGUCGUUGUCACUGUUGGUAGCGUCAUCCCCACAGAUUGCGUGUCUUGUUUUGCAGCAUGGUGACACCGGUAGCAUGAUCUUCAGUGCCUUGAACGGGUACUCGGAAAACACCCAAGCGGAGAAGAUGUUUUCGCUUGACACACUCAUGUCUACGCCGAAAGAGCUUGUUCUCGGCUUUCUUAAUUUCAUCUGUCUUGUGAUUCCGUUCAAUCAAACGGCACAGGAGCUGAGUCCACUUGUGGGGACGUUUCUUCAUAAGCAGUCUGCGGCGUACCUUGAACGCAACGCUGCGCGCCGCGAGUUGUACACGCGCACAGAUACCUGGCCGUGCUUCCGAGCGUUUGUAGACGAUAUCUACGCGCUCUUGAUUGACAUCUACCCGGCGACCGUGGAUUUUAGUACGCGGCGACGUGUUUUGGUGGCAUUCAUCCGCAUCUUUGAGGUGCUCAGUCCUUCAGAGAUCACCACCAUCUCAUCUGAUGCCACAAUCGUGUCACUUUUGGCGUCCGUGAUCAUCAAGUCUAAGAGCAGUGUUGUGGAAGAAAUUGCGCGGCGCGGCGCGCGCACCGUGAAUGACACUUUGUUGUUAACCGGCGCGUUGUACAUUACGGAAAUUUUGAUUGACAAGGUCCCGUCGGUGGUGGAAGUGUUUGAGCGAGAUGGGUUGCUCCAGGAUGCCGAGGGGUUGCUUUCCUGCUUGGACGCUUUCUCCGAAGACGACGAUCCAGAUCAAAGUCAUUCUGCGGGUGAAUAUGACGAUGAAGAUGAAGACAUUGAAGAUGAAGACAUUGAAGAUGAAGAACAUGAACAUGAAGGUGAACAUAGUGAGAACCUAGGUGAAGACUCUGAAUCUGACUCCUCCCACUCCUCUGAAAGCAACUUCAUAUACACCCCACCGACGCUGGACGCGGAUGUUGCACCCCAGUUCGCCCCCUCGAAUGCAAAACAAGCGCUCGGAGUGUUGCAUCUGGUGUGUACGGCGUUGGGAAAGACCUACCGUGCGGUCCAACCAUCUGCUAGUACGACCAAGCUCGAACAUAUGCGGUUGCUCCAGGAUGUUGUUCGGACGCUUAGCAGCCCAGAACUCGCGCGGAUCGGUUGGACCAAGGUCUGGGUUGACCUACGCCAGGCACUUCAAGGCUCCAAUAAUGUGGGUGUCUCGUCGUAUGAGCUCAUUUCAUCGGGGGUUAUUGAUGCCAUGGCGCGCGCGCUUGGGCCGUCGGGUUCCCGCAACUGUGCGGAAUGCUUUAGUGAGGUCUUUGACAGUGAGGCGGGGCCGCUUCUAGUGGGGAAAUUGCAGGAUGCAUUAACCCGCUCGGAGUCAUUUGAGGUCAUCUCCUCGGAUUCUAAGGAGGGUAGUAUUGCUUCGUGCUCUAUCGCAAUGACUAAACAGGUGGCUCUAGAGUUGGCAUUUGAGGGCGACGGCGAGGAGAUUCCGUCGGUGUUGCGAAAUCUUUCGUUGCAGGUCCAGGCGAUUGCAACGUUCCAAUCCAUUGAGCAGUUUCUUCGCGGUAAGAUCGACUUCCUCGAUAGGUUACAGGAUGUGAUGGGAGAGAUGUCCUCGGAUCAGUGGCAUCUCCAGUUUGAAAUCAACGGGGAGGUUAUUCCGGUAGAAACGGCCAUCUACGGCGCAAUCUAUAAGUCGUUGCAAAAUGACGGGGAAGCCGUGGAUCCGCACCAGAUCUGGUCCAAAAUGCAUCUGGUGACGUUUCGGAAGGUUCUGGGGGUCGCAACCCCGGCCCCUAUGGACCGCUCGCUUCUCAACGACGAGGGAGAGUUGGAAGAUUCUACCCCUGUGAGCAUUCUCCGUCUCCUUGGCUCCAUCCGCACGCAUUUGCGCGCUCCCGCGGCUCUUUUUGUCAACUGGAAGUUAAGUGCGAAGCUCAAACGCCAAUUGGAUGAGCCGUUGGUUGUGGCCAGCGGUCUCUUGCCCCAUUGGUGCAUCCAGAUUGCACGUCAGUUCCCGUUCCUCUUUCCGCUCGAGACCCGGCUCUACUUCCUCAAGUCAACUUCGUUCGGUUACUCGCGCAUGCUCCAGCUCUGGCAGAGCCGUGCCAGUGAGGACACCGACCCUGCAUCCGCAACUAGCCAAUUGGGAGCCCAGCAUAAGCAAAAGGUGCGCAUUAAGCGCGAGCAGAUGUUCCCCAGCGCAUUGAAGGUUCUCGCUCUCUACGGUGCGCAUCCCAGCGUACUCGAGAUUGAGUUUUCCGACGAGGUCGGUACCGGUUUGGGGCCUACCUUGGAAUUCUACGCAGAGGUAUCCAAGGAAUUUACCCGGCGCGAGUUGAAGUUGUGGAGAUGCGAAGAUUUCGAUGUCUCAGAGGGAUACGUUGGUCCCGGUUUGUUCCCCGCUCCGUUGACAGGCCUGGAGGCCGAGAUAAGCGUGAAAUUAAAGCAAUUUGCGAUGUUGGGGAAGUUUAUAGCCAAGAGCUUACUUGACGGGCGCAUCGUUGAUUUCCGUUUCAACCCAGCGUUCUUCAGACUUACACGUACCACUGAUCUUGACGCGGUCAAGGAGGUGGACCCUCAGUUGUGGAGAUCUCUCCUGCAGUUGAGUGGUGCGAACCUCGAGGACUUGUCGUUGAGCUUUACAUUGCCCGGGUAUUUUGACUAUCCCUUGAGAGAGAAUGGCUCGGCGAUAGAUGUAGGCCCAGCGAACAUUGACUGCUACAUUGCUGCGGUGGUAGAUGCCACUGUGGGUGUGGGGGUGGAGAAACAACUCCGGGCGUUUGUCAAGGGCUUCUCAGAAGUGAUUCCGUACGAGUCAAUGCACAUGUUCACGCCUGAAGAGAAGGUCAAUUUGUUCGGAGGCAGUGGCGAGCUCGAAGACUGGUCUUUUGAAGCUAUCAGGUCUGCGGUCAAAGCCGCUCACGGCUACACCAGCGACCAUCCAACAGUUAUUAACUUUGUACUUGUGCUCAGCGAGUUGGAUCCUGCGCUGAGACGUAACUUUGUGCAGUUCUUGACAGGGUCACCGAUGCUUCCGCUUGGCGGUUUUAAGGCGUUGAAGCCCGAGUUCACCAUCGUGCUCAAGCACAACGAGGACGGUCUCGGGCCAGACGAUUACUUGCCCAGCGUUAUGACCUGUGCCAAUUAUCUCAAACUCCCCAAUUACUCGUCGGUAGGGGUGAUGCGUGAGCGCAUGUUGGUUGCUAUCAAUGAGGGCUUGGGCGCUUUCUUGUUGUCGUAACGGGGCUAACGCCAAAGGAUAAAUGACUGUUAAGA